AGAAAAGAUUCUCAUCAAAACAAGACGAUAUUUUUUGUGUACUGUGAAUCCACCCUAGAUUAUGGCAAGUGUUAUGCCCCAACGAAACACCGCAGUUUAUGUAUUAAAUACAGGCAUUGGUAGUGCUGAGAUGAUGAAUUUUUUCCUUACACCAACCGAUAUGAAAUACGACAGUAACAAUACCAAGACAAUGCAAACGAAUAUACCUCAAAAUGAUGUCAGUGAUAAAGAAACAUUUAACGAUAGAACGAGAAAGUCAUUGUUGAAGAUAAACUUAUUCAUUAAGCGCCUGAAGUGGUUUAACAUUUUCACAACAGCAGAGACGGCAUCUAACACAACAAGUAAUCAGCAGUCAAGUAAAGUUCAGAAAGCAACAGAAUGGCAACAACAAGAGGAACAGAAAUGCAAUCGAUUUUUAACAACAAAGAAAUCAAUAUCGACAAAAGAGAUGUAUCGUGAGGCAGCAAAGCUUUUAGGUAUCGAUUGUUCGCUGAGCUCAUCAUGUCGCUGUAUGGACUGUCAAAGUCGAUAUUUUGAAUACGAUCCGGAGACGGAGCAGAUAGAAGACACUGAUUCAGAUUCAAGUUGCGAUUCCGAUACAGACUCAUAUACAUCUGAAUAUAAUGAGAAUGAACAUUAUAUAACAAAUUGUUAUUUGAUUCAUAGCGAGGAACUCUGUGAGUGCUGUCAGAUGAGAAAUGAUAAAAAGUCAACGGAAUCAAUGUUUCUUAAUGAUUGUACGACAAAUGACUUGAGCUUUAACAAUUUCUUCUCAUAAUUUAUAAUCCC